AGCAACAACAGCCCUUGAGAGAAUUACUACGCCAACAGAGAAGGAAGCAGCUGAUCCUGAAGAGCAAUUCGCUAGCCUGUUAAAGUUAAUUAAUUAGCAGUUAGUUAGUUAAUUAAUUAGUCAAGAAGAUGUCAAGUACUAACUUCAUAGACAUCUUGCUGGCCAUCAUCUUGCCUCCUCUCGGUGUAUUCCUCAAGUUUGGUUGCGGGGCGGAGUUUUGGAUCUGCUUGCUGCUUACCAUUUUAGGGUACAUCCCUGGAAUCAUUUAUGCCGUCUAUAUCAUUACCAAGUGAUCGAUAUCACCCUCUUCUUCAUGAUCUCUUGUUGUGGAGAGACGCAGUACCGUUUGAUCCAAUAAAAAAGUUCCUGGUCGUCUGAUUCAAUGAAGAGCUCCUGAUUUUGUAUGGAGUUGGAUGAUUAUACACACUCCCUUUUCAUAAUUGUUUUUUCUUUUUAAUGUAUUAAUUGAUAUUUUGUAAAGGAGGUUAGCAGCCCUUAUUGCUGAGUGCCUUAUCAUGCGUGCAUGGUCUGGUUAAUAAGCAAGUCUCUUUCGUUCUUAAUCUCCCUGUCUUAAUUUGUUGUGAACAUCCGAAUUUGUUUUAAUUAGUUAAUGGAACUGUCUGCCUAAUUGUUUGUGGAUGCAA